AUGUGGAUGCUCAACCUGGGCCAGCCGAAAAGCUAUCGAUUCGACCUUUUUUUCUUUUCUGGGACUAUUUUUGCGGCCUAUCCUAGUUUCUCGAUGGAUCCCCUCUUUUCUGAGAGGGCACAAGCCAGCCUCUACAGGAUUACCUGCAGAAUGGGGCUUUUGGGCAUCUUCACCGCAACUAGGUUCGAGGGGAACCCGGGCUGGACAUGGCGAGAGCUCCAGAAUCCAACCCGAUCAGAUGCCCCUCGCGGUCAGGACCCGUUGCGAUACCACGUACUCUGCAUCCGUACAGACGACGAAGACUCCUGGUCUCUUUCUGUACGUCUGCCUUUCCAAUAUCGUUCAUUGCAUACCAAGGACAAGGCAACCGCAGUUGCCGAUGGCACCCUGACGCGGAGAUGGCCAUAG